CCCUGUUGAACCAUAAGAGCAUACCCUGGCAAGAAAUGCCAAAGCAUCACUUGCAAAAAGGCAGAGGAAAACAGAGCAUGGUGGAGGCAAGUAGUGGAGGAGCAUGGGGCCCUCCCCAUAGGCCCUGGACGGCCAAUGCCCUCUCCUUGCCCCUGCCUACAAAUAGCGCUCGAGCUGAGCAACCACACCAGACAUGCUUGCAACAAAGAGGAGUUUGUGUUGUGUAACAAGAGCGGGAUAGAUAUCUAGCUCAAGAGCCAGGAUUACCAGCCAAGAUCACCAAACUUCCAAGACCACAAGGGCUUCCAAAUUCCAAGCUUCCCUUGCUCGCAUCCUCGAGGGAGCAAGCGCGACAGCCACUUCACAUCUUUCUCCAGGCGGCGAAGAUGUCGGUGGCGGUGUGCCGUGGCCCGGCCGUGCCGGCGUUCGAGGCGCCCAGCUGGCUGCACCCGGUUGAGCCGUACAAGCCCGAGGUCGUCGUCGACCACCGGCCUGCGCAGGUGGACAUAUGGAACGCCAUCCAGGCCGACGUGGACAAGGCGACCGCCGGCGCCAAGAAGGCGUCCAAGCCUUACGUGCACCCGCUUGUGCGCCGGUCGUCGAGCCUGAUGAACCAGAAGAGCCUCGAGAUCUGCACCGAGAGCCUCGGCAACGAGACCGGUUCCGGCGAUUUCACUGCGUCCCUGGACGUCGCCGACAUAGCCAGCCUCUUUGACUCGCCGAUGCCGGCGGCGGCUGCUGAGGCGGAGGAGUCCUUCUGGCAGCACGGCGCGGCGCGCGAUUAUGCGGAGGAGCAGUGGGAAAUGAAGGAGCUCGUGGCGGUGAACUACCACUGCUCGGCUGGGACGCGGUCACCGCGCCGCUCGUUCCCGCCGCCGCUGCCGUCCAUGUCGCGCCGCGACGGGCCGUGCCUGCAGAUGCGCCCGCGCCGCCAAGACGGGCGCCUCAUCAUCGAGGCCGUGGUCGUGAGGCCGCGCGGGUACCUCCACGCGAAGCGCCAGGGUGGCCGUCUCCGCCUCUCCUUCGUUGAGUGCUCUGCUCGCGAGCAGAGCGCGGCGAGCAAGAUCACCACUGCAGCAGCUGAGGUGUCGUAUUUCCCGGCCGUGGAGCCCAAGAAUGAACAAGAGGAAGAGGCGGCCAUGGAAAUAGAGGAGGAAGACGAGGUGGAAGAGGAGGAGGAGGUCGAGGUGGUGGACAGGGGCAGCGUCGUGGAGGUCAAGGUGAGCACGCAGCCGCAGACGCCCGCCGCCGUCAAGGUGCACCGUUCGACGCUCGUCAUCAACAAGUUCGUCGGCAGCACGCCUUUCACCAUCGACCAACCCCGUGGCCACGCCGACACGAACACGGCCUACUCUGAGGCAGCCUGCGACGAAACGGCGCAGGCGCCGCCACCCCCGACGCUGCGCCGGGUUCCGUCGUCCACGACGACGCUGGCGGCCGCGGUCGCCGUGGCCUCGACUGGGACCGACGUCCUGCGCGCUCCAGAGGACGACGACGAGUGCGGCGGGCUGCACCUUUCCGCGUCGGCCGCCGCUGAACGGAAGCAGCUCCUGCUGUUCACGUCGCGGCGGGGCGACAAGCAGGACCUGCUGCAGAGCGUGCGCCGGUGCCGGCAACUGCGGCAAAAGCCGCUCUUCAUCCUCGAGCCCUACUGCAUUGCCACCACCUAAAAAAAUCGAUCGAUCACCACCACACCACACUACACAGCUGCGAAUGCGACAGUUCGGUCGCCUCGCCAUUGCUAGGCUUAAUUAAUUACUAGUAAAUCAAGCACGGUCCUAAUUAGCCGCUUAUUAUAAUAACCUCAAUCCGUCGUCACACUGGCUGCUGAAUGCUGGUCAUUUUUUUUUUUUUUUUUUUUGCGACACAUCCUUAGCAUGUGUUGCUGGUGUUUUUUUUACCGCGCGUCGGCCAGUUGCCUUUGGUCCCUUGCAAGUGGCCUCGUGCGUGCUGUAAUUGUUGCUCUGGUAGCUUGUCCCUUUGUAUUUGCAGUGUGAUUUGAGUAAUUAUUAAUGAAUGAAUGAAUUAACAGAUUCGCUGUAAC